CGGGCGUCGAUUGGCUAUUUCGGCGUCCGUGAACCUCAUUCGCCAGUUUCCAUUCUUCUGCGCAAGUCAAAUCGCUCCAUUAGAACGCCCAAUCUCCGUCCAGAUCGCCAUGGAGACCCAAGCUACCGCCGCCACCUACGACCCUGCCCAAUUGGCUCUGUACCAACAACAACAGCAGCAAUACCUCCAAAUGAUGGUAAGCGGCCUGAACCAACACGACGAGCUGACGACGCCGAUGAUGUUGCGUUGAGCCAUGACACUCACUGUGUUCUUUCGUGUAGCAACAACAACCCAACAGCGAACAAGUCCGAGCAAUGUACGGCAACGGCAUGAUGAUCAUGCCCCCCUACAUGAUGCAUUCGCAAGCCAUGUUUUCCCGCAUGCCGCUGCCUGGUGGAGGAGAAAUGGUCGAAGAAGAGCCAGUUUACGUGAACGCCAAGCAGUACCAUCGAAUCAUGGUUCGGAGACAGCAACGGGCAAAGCUGGAAGCCAAGUUAGGAAACGCGCGCCAACGCAAGGCGUUUUUGCACGCAUCGCGACACAAGCAUGCGAUGCGACGACCCCGCGGGCCUGGUGGUCGCUUUUUGACCAAGGAAGAAAUCGCCGCGCUUGACCGCGAAGAAGCGAUGGCUGCCGCGGCGGCUGCUCAUGGCGGCGGCAACAUCGACAAGGAGAAGAUUGUUUAGACGGCAUCAUCAUGCAUAUGUAUAGGUAGCUGGAGUCUGUGCUACCACACCUCGGUGGUGCAAAGGCCCUGUAUGUGGUUAGGUAAUAGGAAGUAGGACGUCGUAGCAACAACAAAUCAACACGAACAACCCAAUAUUCAAGACGUCC